UGCUCAUCGAAUUCUGAACCAUUUGCACCUCAGUUAUUGUUCUACUCCCAUACCAAAAUGUUCCACUCCGUACAGUUUAUUGUCGUUGCUCUUACUCUUGCUCAGCAAAUCUUUUCUCUAGAAACGGAAGUCUCGCCGGGCACUAUAUGUCGCGUAGACGGUAAGGUAGGACGCUGUGUGCAUUUUAGAAAUGAUCCGAAGUAUCUCACCCUACUAUUGAAGAGUACGAGGACAGAGGUGGAUGAUGCAUACCUUCUGAAGCACGUCUGUGAUCGUCGGAAGGGUUUAACCUGCCGGACAGGAUCUGUGAACGAUGACGAGUGUGGCGUGCAGAUGGAAAACCGAAUAGUUGGUGGACAGCGGACGGCUAUCGAUCAGUACCCAUGGAUGGUGCUGCUCCAGUACUUCAACCAAAGACGAGGAACAUUGCGGUUUGCCUGUGGUGGUGUGCUUCUCAAUCGAAGAUUUGUCCUUUCAGCAGCUCACUGCUUCGUACGAUUGCCUGCAGGGAUUGAACUACACAAAGUACGCCUGGGCGAAUGGGAUACCGAGUCCGACAUUGAUUGUGAAGAUUUGGAUGAUGAGCUUUCCUGUGCAGCUCUGGUGCAGGACUUUGAUUACAAGAGGCUAAUCAUUCACGAGGGCUAUAAUGGUAAUCACGCUGAUAGGGCUAACGAUAUUGCGUUGAUCGAACUGGAAGGAACGGUGGUGUAUAAUGAAUUCGUGAAGCCAAUCUGUCUGCCCGAACCUGGUACCCCGCAAAAAGAGAAGCUGUACUUUGGCAACAUGUGGGCUGCUGGAUGGGGUCGUACGGAAACAGCUUCCGGAAGUCGAUUCAAGCUACACGUCCCGCUCGAGCAGUUCGAUCUGCAGUCCUGCAACGAAACGUAUCAAAGACGCGUUAAGGUUCCGCUCACAGAAACACAAUUCUGUGCGCUCGGAACUCCCGGCAAAGAUACCUGCAAUGGAGAUUCUGGUGGUCCGCUUAUGAAAACAAUUCAAACACUGCACUACGUCGUGGGCAUUGUUAGCUUUGGGCCGCAAAAGUGUGGUAGCGGCAUACCGGCCGUUUAUACACGGGUCGAUAAAUUCUACGACUGGAUCGUUGGCCACAUGGUAGAGUUCGAAAGUUAAUGUGCAGCCCUUUAUGUGAAACCAAAUUAAACCUGUU